AUGAAUUUUGUCGAAAAUCAUUGUUUAUCUAGUUAUUGCUGUUGUCGUAGAAGUAAUAUAUCAAUUGAAACGGUUGGGGAUCCGGUGAUACACGGUGAGGGACCACAUUGGGAUUCCGAUAAAAAAUGUUUAUAUUACGUCGACAUAACAAAUCAAACCGUUAAUAAAUACGAUCCUAUAACAAAAAAAAUAAAUAAGGUUUACAUAAGCGGAGGACCUGUGAGUUUGGUGAUACCGGUUAAACAUGGAGAAGAUGAAUUCAUCAUCGGUAGAGGACUCGAUAUAGUUUUAUUAAAAUGGAACGGAAUAACGAGUACGCCAUCAUCAUCAUCAUCAUCAUCAUCGACCUUGACGGUAUUGACCUCCGUGGAUGAAGAUAAACCUGAAAAUCGAUUUAACGAUGGUAAAGCGGAUGCAAGCGGUCGACUAUGGGCAGGUACGAUGGGUCCCGAAAAUCCAGAUUUAAAACCUUAUCAAGGUUCUUUAUAUUCGUUCGAUUGGCCUGAUAAUUUCACUCCACAUAAACAUUUAUCUCCAGUAUCCGUAUCGAAUGGAAUCGCCUGGAAUAAUGAUAAUGAUCUCAUGUAUUAUAUAGAUUCGCCGACGAGAGUCGUUAAAGUUUUCGAUUUCGAUAUAAUUUCUGGAAAAAUAAGCAAGUUUUCUCUACUCCUGCUAUUUAUAAAAAACACAUUUGCAAAUGGUAAUCCGAGAACGUUGUUCAGCCUGGAUAAAAAUAAUAUCGAAGGAUUUCCCGACGGUAUGACAAUGGAUAAAAAUGACAAUUUGUGGGUGGCCGUUUUUCGCGGGAGUUGCGUUCUUCACGUGAAUGGAAAAACUGGAGAAUUGUUAAAGAGGAUAAAUUUUCCGGUCACUCAAAUAACGUCUUGCACUUUCGGAGGUGACGAUUUGGAAGAUUUGUACGUGACGUCAUCGAGAGUCAACAUAAACGAUGGAGAUUUGGAAAAGCAACCGUUGGCGGGAUCAGUUUUCAAAGUGACCGGACUCGGCGUUUCCGGUCAAAUCAAAUCUAAUACAAUAGUAUAUAAAUUUUAA